AUGGUCCUCGACUGGAGCGCCCUAGCUCCCGGCCCAGCUGGAACUGCCAUGCUCGGCGAAAGGGGAAUUGAAGCUGCUGCCCGACGCGGACGCGAGCGUAUACGCCGCGAGCAAGCAGAGCAAAGAGAAGCCGAAAAGAAACUCCAGAAUGGUGAUGAUACGGCGUCGGAAGUUACAUUGCUUCCUAGAAACCAAUCAAAAGAGCUCGAGUCGAAACCGGAGAGGUCUAAGGGAGGCGGCGAUACGCCUAGAUCUUCGAUGGUUUCUGAUGCAGAUACUUUGAUAGAGCGAAGUGAUGGUCGAAGAAAACGUGGGAGUAUCAAAGGGAAGUUGAGUCGGUUUAAGAAGCAGUUGAUGGGUUGA